AUGCCGUUUUUUAGAAGUACAACUAUUGUCAGGUCUGCUGUCAUUGGCAGAGCUUUGUCAAGACAGUUCAGCACCAAGCCACCAACAGCCACAAUCAGAGGAUCAUUGGUAGUGGGAACAGCCAUAGCUGGUCUGGCAGGUUAUGGGUUUUACACACAAUUUCGUUCUAAUACAAGCAAGGAUGAUUUGUUGAAAGCUCUUAAAGAAGGCCUCAAAGCACCAGCUCUGACUGCAGCAGCUCCACCAGCAAGUCAGCCAGCUGUAUGGUCUCAAGGAAAAGACCAUGCCCUUUAUUUGUGGAUCCACCUGAAGCCGACAGCAAAUCCUAAAGAAGUGGCCAAAGUAGCAGCCAGACUUCAGAAAUUUGUUGAUACUGUUGCAGACCCAGCACUGAAAGAUGAGUCAGAUGAAGUUUUGGCAGGGGUGGGAUUUGGACCAAAUUUUUAUGCCCAGGUGGGAGGAAGAACCAGAAAAAGCUAUGUUUAUCCUCAUAGAAAGGGGGCCUUAGGGGAAAUGCCAAGUUCUGGUGGAGAUGUUUUCAUUCACGCAAAAUCCAACCAAGUUAGCAAACUGUUUGAACUUGCCCAACUUUUCGUUAGAAGUCUGCCAAAAGACAGUGUCCAGAGUUCUGAAGAUAUCUACAGUUUUGUGUACCAGAAUGGCAGAGACCUGUCGGGAUUUAUUGAUGGCACAGAGAACCGAGCUGAUGAUGAAGGGCGACAAGAAGUGGCUGUGGAAAAAGAAACAGGAGGAAGUUAUGUUAUUACCCAAAAAUGGAUUCAUGAUUUGGAUCUUAUCAAUACUGAAAAACCAAAGACAAUGGAGGGCUGGGUAGGAAGAGAUAGAAAUGAUAGUACAGAACUGCCACGGAAGUCACCGACAUCACAUGUUGCCAGGAUGACUGGAGGCCCUGGUUUUCAGCAGCCUAAACCUGUGGAAAUUGUCAGACAGUCUAUGCCAUUUGGAACAUUGACUGGUGAGGCUGGUCUUUUCUUCAUUGGCUAUGCUGCAGAUCCAUACAACUUUGAGUUCAUGCUGGACAGAAUGGUUGGUGCUGGUGGGGAUGGGCUCAGUGAUGACAUAAUGAGGUUAUCCAGAAAUGUAAAGGGCACAUACUGGUACUUUCCAGGGGAGAAGGAAUUGGCCAAGCUGGCAUAG